AUGCUCGGCAGUGUCCGCAGCUUUCCGAAAUGCAACAAGAAACAUGUAAAAUGGCGACUGUAGGCGAUAGUCCUGCAAAAUACGCUGGUCAGCCUUGGACAGUUUGGGCCGAAAACGUGCCUUUAAAGGAUGAUGUCGGUUGCACCGAUACUAAAAGUGGUGACAUUGCUAAAGAUGAUAAUGACUGUAUGAAGCUUCGUAAAGAAGAUAUGCCUUUAUAUGGAUUAUGUCCAACGAAGGAUGAGCUUUACCUGGUCGUAUGUGAUACAUGUCACCUUGUCAUCAAACCACAGGCCUUCUCAAGACAUUGCGCAAUACGGCAUGGAGAAAAAUACCCCAAAAGCUGUGUGCGAUUAUACCAAUCUUCCAAGUUCCGUUCAAAAGCAAGCGUAAAGCAAUUACCAUCGUCGUUACUAAGCACUGUGUCUCCACCAUACAAUUCCAAAGUCAAUGCCACCGCCAGUAAGGAGAAAAACCAUGCCAUGCCAGUGGUCAAAGUGGAACGAAUGCCGGAGAAACUACCAGUCAAGAAGCCUUUUCUUAAUAACACCAAUUCAAACAGUACCCCUAAUAAUGUCAACAAUAACACCAAUAGUAGUAAUGUUAGUGCUAAUACUAAUGCUAAUACUAACUUCGCCACCUCGAGCAGUUCCGACAGUGUCGCUUCAACCCCGAACCAAUGUAGUGUGAAACCCGCCAUUACGAAUGGAACUCUGAAAGAUGCUGCGCCCAUUCUUCCUCCUGUUGCUGCUCAGGCUGGUGCCUCUUCUACUACAACCACAAGUAGAGAUUGCUCAGCAGCAUUACCUCUGCCCAACGCCAUGGCUUAUCAGAACUGUUGCAACAAAAUUGUUUGUCAAAAACCGCAGAAAAAAGAAAAAUUGUUACCCUGUAAAGAUCGAGAAUUCGAUGCUAACAAACAUUGUGGUGUGAAAAUAGCAAAUGAUAGUAAACCCUGCACCCGGUCUUUGACGUGUAAGACUCAUGCUUUGUCAUUACGGAGAGCUGUGGUUGGACGCCGGAAACCUUUUGAUGAACUCCUCAAAGAUCAUCGAGCUGCGAAGGAGGCCAUCCAAAGAGAGAAAGUACAUGCCCAGUAUGUGGCUGCAGCACAGAGGGUGGCUGCACAGACAGCACCAGCAUCAGGGUCGUUGGCUCACUCUGGGAAUUGUUCAGGAAAUAGCAACAGCACACCAAGUACUGCCAAUACUAUUCCGAGCAAUACCAGUGCGAGUGUGAAUGCUAGUGGUCUCCAAAGUUUGAUUCCCACCCGAUCCACUUCUUCGAACAGUAAUAGCACUGGUGGUGUGGGAGGCGGAGGAGGAGGAGGUGGUGGCGGUGGUAGUGGUGUAGUAUUUCAGGGGUCCAUGUAA